UGUUGGGAUUUUCCCAUGAGGGUGAAAUGAAAUCAAGUCUUGAUUUUUGAAGUAAAGGGUUGAAUCUGGUGCCCCCUUUUGAUCCUAAGCUCUGAAAGUUUGCGGCUUUGUGUUCAGAUCUCCGUGAUUCAAGUGACGUUGGAGCUAAGUGUUGGAUCUCCUUGAUGGGUUGACUGAAUGGUGGAGCUGGGGCUUUUGGUUUUGGAUUUUUUGGGGUUUGGAAUGUUGAGGAAAAGUUUCAAUUUUUGAUUCUGGGUUUUGGUGGUGGUGGUGGUGAUUGAGCUUUGAGGUCAGUGGCAAUGGUGGUUCUUAAGUGAUAGUGUUGUGUUUGUGUGUGUGUUGGAGAAAAUGUCUGCUUCUUUAGCUGCUUUUGAGAGGCCUAGACAUGGAGCUUCCAAUACGGUUUUCAAAAGUGGCCCACUUUUCAUAUCUUCGAAAGGUAUAGGCUGGAAGUCUUGGAAGAAGCGGUGGUUUAUACUCACGCGCACAUCAUUGGUUUUCUUCAAAAAUGAUCCGAGUGCCCUUCCACAGAGAGGUGGUGAAGUAAACCUGACACUGGGAGGAAUUGACUUAAACAAUUCAGGGAGUGUUGUUGUUAGAGAAGACAAAAAGCUGCUUACAGUAUUAUUUCCAGAUGGACGUGAUGGGCGAGCAUUCACCCUGAAGGCUGAGACAUCGGAAGACUUGUUUGAAUGGAAGACAGCUCUUGAACAAGCCCUUGCACAAGCGCCAAGUGCUGCUCUUGUUAUGGGACACAAUGGGAUUUUUCGGAGUGAUGCGAGUGAUUCCAUUGAAGGGUCUUUCCAUCAAUGGAGGGACAAGCGUCCAGUUAAGUCUUUGGUUGUUGGAAGACCAAUUCUUCUAGCACUGGAAGAUAUUGAUGGAGGUCCUUCUUUCCUUGAAAAAGCUCUUCGGUUUCUAGAGAAGUACGGAACUAAAGUUGAAGGAAUUCUAAGGCAGUCUGCAGAUGUCGAAGAGGUUGAUAGGAGAGUUCAAGAAUAUGAGCAAGGCAAGACUGAAUUUGGUUCUGAGGAGGAUGCCCAUGUUGUUGGUGACUGUGUCAAGCAUGUUCUAAGAGAGCUGCCCUCAUCUCCAGUUCCAGCUUCAUGUUGUACUGCGUUGUUGGAGGCUUAUAAAAUUGAUCGCAAAGAAGCUAGGAUUAAUGCAAUGCGCUGUGCUAUAGUGGAGACCUUUCCAGAGCCAAAUCGACGUUUGUUACAAAGAAUUCUGAAGAUGAUGCACACAGUUGCUUCCCAUUCUCAAGAGAAUCGGAUGACACCGUCUGCUGUUGCUGCUUGCAUGGCUCCCUUACUCUUGCGGCCUCUGCUAGCAGGAGAAUGUGAAUUGGAGGAUGAAUUUGAUGUUAGUGGUGAUAGCUCAGCUCAGCUUCUUGCUGCCGCUAAUGCUGCGAAUAAUGCUCAAGCAAUUAUUACUACUUUGCUGGAGGAGUUUGAGAGUAUAUUUGAUGAAGAAAAUAUUCAGAGAUGUUCAAUUUCAGCAGAUUCUCGGGUUGAGAACAGUGGGACUGAAGAUUCAACCGAUGAUGAAAAUAUAGAUGUGAAAGAAAAUGGAUACCAUGAUGCAGAGAAUGAAGUUGAUCAAGAGACAGAAGAUGAUGCCGAUCGUGUACACAGUGGAAAAUUGAGUGAAAGUAGUGGUUAUGCUGGCAGUGAUCUUUACGAUUACAAGGCAUUUGGAGGUGAUGAUUCUGAUGUUGGAUCCUCCAAUGGCCAUACCAAGACUGUCACUACUAAUCAUAAUGCUGAUCCUGAUCCUCAAACUCCUCAACUGUCUGAGGAUCAAAACAAGCAAAGAAAGAGCAAUGAGAACUCAGUUGAUGAGAAGGACGCUCCAAAUUUGUUACCUCCCACUGAAUCCUAUCGUUCUAUGGGUGAGAUUUUAUCUUCUAUGGACCCCGCCAACCAUUUACCCGUGCCUCAGAUAGAAACAGGUUCUGCAAAGCAGACGGGUAAAGCUGGUAGCAGUAGUUUCAGUUCCAAACGGUCAUCAUUCUGGGGAAGGAGUAACGCAAGGAAGACACCGUCAGUGGAAUCUGUUGAUUCUUCUGGAGAAGAGGAGCUUGCUAUUCAAAGGCUUGAGAUUGCAAAAAGUGAUUUGCAGCACAGAAUUGCAAAGGAGGCUAGAGGCAAUGCUAUUUUACAAGCAAGCUUAGAAAGAAGGAAGCAAGCUCUGCACGAGCGGCGAUUGGCACUUGAACAAGAUGUUUCAAGAUUGCAAGAACAAUUGCAAGCUGAGAGGGAUCUUAGAGCGGCAUUGGAAGUUGGAUUGAGUAUGUCUUCAGGACAGUUUUCCAUCACGGAACUUCACCAUCAACUUAACCAGCAGCGACAGCAUCACUAUGGUUCACUUACUGAUGUGGGUGAUCGAUACCAACAUGCCCAAAACCAUCCUCAGCAGAGAUUUCUUCAGCAAGAUUUUGAUUCAACUCUUGCCUUUUGUAAUCAUGAAAGGAAACAAAGGACCGAGGAGGGCUUGUUGGGCACAGAUUGGAGAAAUCUCAAAGGACAAGUAUUGGCAGCCGGUAAUGGCAGUCGACAACCUACUCGAAAGCAAUUUAUGGACUCAAGUCCUAGUGAUUCAAAAAGUACCGAGGCAUCGACAAGCAUGUCUGUAGAUGAGCUUGGUGCCGUUGACUCCGCUGCUAUGCCCUCCACCUCAAGGGCUGCAGAGGGGACAGAAUAUGGAAGACAUCCAUCUGUAGCUUCCUCAACAUUAGUAGAGUUAACGACUCGUCUCGAUUUUUUCAAGGAAAGACGUUCGCAGCUGAUGGAACAGCUUCAUAACCUCGAUUUGAAUUAUGGUUCCACCACCACCUCCCAAGAUUUCGUCUAUAAACCGUCGUCGCCAUCAUGGAGUUGAUUGGCCAAAUUGGUGCUUCAUAGGAUCAUAUCCAUGUGGAAGAGGAAUAAUUUUGGCUGACAUGUUUGUAUAUCCUUUGACUCAUUGCAUAUAAUUGUAUCCCUUUUUUAUGCUCUAUGCACUGUUUUUUCAUUCUCAGUUUCUAUUUAAUUU